GCAGCUUGAGCCUAUGAUAGUACUGUGUUGCCGAUGCGUAAAGUACUUUUACUUUUAUUGCAUAACUAUUAGUAUAAGGCCGUAAUUACAUAUUGAAUAUUUAGAUGUGCUCACAAUACCCCCCCCCUCCCCCGCCAAAUAUAUAAUUACGGCCUUGGGCCCCCAGUGUUUACACCAUGGCUAUGGCCUUGUAUUGGUGUAUGAUUAGUAUCCGUUGACAUAUUAAAAAUUUGUGUAGAAAAUUGCUUUUUGUUUAUUUACUUCCUGGUUUGCUUGGUUGUACCACAGAAACUCAAUUUAUAUCGGACCUCUUCUACGGAGGUGGCACCUGUCACCCCCCCUGAGCGCGAGAGCAUGAUCCCGCCGGGAGACUGCAUGUACGCCGGCCGCAAGCGACGCAAGCCGGUUCAGAAACAGAAGCCGCAAGCAGGAAGUCAGAAGUCCAACCCGUCGAAGAGGCACCGCGACCGGCUGAACGCCGAGCUGGAUCGCCUGGCCGGCCUGCUGCCCUUCCCCCCCGACGUCAUCUCCAAGCUGGACAAGCUGUCCGUCCUACGGCUCAGUGUCAGCUACCUCCGGGUCAAGAGCUUCUUCCAAGCCAUCCAGGAGAAAGCGGCCGGAGAGAGCGACUCUGAGCCAGCCAGGAAGGAGGCCUUGCUGGAGAUGCCCACCGCCAUGGAGAGCGAGAUGUUACUGGAGUCCUUGCCUGGAUUCGCGCUGGUGGUCAGCACCGACGGCAUGAUCUUCUACGUCUCACCCACCAUAGCGAAGUGCCUGGGCUUCCAUCAGACUGACGUCAUGCACCAGAAUGUCUUCGAUUACAUCCAUCUGGAGGACCGACGGGAGCUGAGGCGGCAGCUGCACUGGGCCAUGAAGCCGUCACUGAAGGGCGGCCUGGAGCCGCAGCCGGCCGCGGGGGCAGGUGAGGACUUCGUGGUCGGCUCCCUCUUCGGCUCCCAGGACUAUGACUUCAUCCCCCCCGAAUUCCAGGCGUUCCUGCAGCGCUGCUUUGCCGUGCGGAUGCGGUGCCUGCUGGACAGCACCUCUGGCUUCCUGGCGGUGCAGUUCCAGGGCCGCCUGAAGCUCCUCCAGGGGCAGAAGCGGAAGACGGCCUUGGGCUCCCCCAUGCCCCCCCAGCUGGCUCUCUUCUGCAUGGUCACGCCCUUGCAGUUGCCUCCCAUUGCUGGGGUCAAGUCCCGGAGCGCCGUGGUGAGGAGCAAACUCAGGAGUUCAGCUCUGUCUGUUCUGGAACACAGUGAGAAAAGGCUUCUAGGUGCUGGGGGUAAGGUGUUCAGCGAGGAGACACAGCUUGUAAACCACACCCCCUGGACACCUCCAUCAAGGAACGAGGGCCUUUACGUCAGUGAGGAGCCCUUGAAAUUUUGCAGACCUGCUGUGGAUGUGCAGAAAGCUCUUGGACAUGAGAGCGUGUGGAGAGCACACACAUCUCCAGGGGCACUGAUGCUGGGCCAGAACUGCAGCCACCUUACAAACCGGCCCGGCAAAGUGGGCCAUUUCGGAAAGGCCGGGUCCUACCAGGAUGAUGCCCAGCUGGCCACACUGUACAAUAACAUGCAGACCACAGAGCAGGAGAGCUUCUGCUCAGGUGGCAUUAAGGAAGAGAGCGGCUUGAGCCUGCAAGGCGAGUGUUACGGCAGCCGAAUACUGCAGGACAUGCCCAUCAAGGUGGAGCCGGACUCGGACUCGGACACCGGCUGUGAUAUCUAUGGGAUGCCCCCCGGUGAAACGUGGAUGAGCAAGGGGCUCUCGGAGCAGAACUGUGAUAUGGGCUACGGGCUGAGCCUUCCGAUCAAGAGGGAGUAUAGCUGCAGUGUUUACACACCGUGCCAGACGGCUAGAGCUGGCACCGGUGCUCCGUGUGACGGGUUCUACCAAGCAGCAAGGGGGGGGCACAGGCCGGAGAAGUGUCCUUCAGCAAAAGUGCCCCAGUUCAGUGUGCAGUGCUUUUCAUACCCAGACGGCCAGGCCAGGAAUGGCACGGGGAGUCACCUUUACGGCAACCUGUCAGUGGAAGACAGAGACUACGUGGAGCUUGGCUACAAGUCUACGUGCAGGAGUCACGGUCUGCUCCACGCCAUCAAGUGCGAGCCUGCCGACUCCCCGCCUUGGCCUGACAGCCAUCAGCAUUUUGGCCAAGUGUUCCCACUGCGAAAUGGUGUCCCAGAUAUGUUUAUGAAUGCAGUGGCCAACAAGUCAAACCCAUAUGUGUACAUGCAAUAGGUAUAGCUGACUUUUCUAUUUAAACCUUACAGUGUCUGUUACUAUUUACACUCCGUGAUGAACUAGUAUCAGAUCCUGAGUGUCCCGUCCUUCAUGUCCUGGACUUCCUGGAAUAAUACCCAGACUCACUGUGACUCUACACACACAGGAGAGCACCCAGACUCACUGUGACUCUACACACACAGGAGAGCACCCCCCCUUUGCCCUUACAAGUGCCCUUUUUUGAUAACCGAUGGCCCCCCACCUCUGAUCGCAAAAAUGGAAUCUGUGGGAGUUUGAGCACCGCCACCCCACCCCCCCCAUCUGUGCACAUCACUGCUUAACACUGUUUUAGAUCAAUUUCCUGUUAUUUUGUUGUGUUAUGGGUAAAGCUUUUGUUGUGUUAGUCAUUAAGUUGCACACAGGGUAAAAAUGAGCACAAUACAGUGCAAGGAGACAGAGAGAGAGAGAGAGUGGGAGAGAGACAAAGAAAGACAGAAAGAGAGGGAGACUUAGAGAGAGAGAGAGACAGAGAGCGGGAGGGAGAGAGUGGGAGAGAGAAAGAGAGGGAGACUUAGAGAGAGAGAGAGACAGAGCGCGAGAGGCUUGUGGUGGUCAGAUAAGGACCGUAUUCUUCAAGCCAAAAUGAGCCCCCCCCCCCCACCUUCCUGAAAGGCAGCUCAGCCACAUACACUUACCAGUUAAAGGUCCUGCUUUAUUCUGCUAUGCGUGAAACGAGGUUUACAAAAACAUAUUAUCCCCUGAUUUUUACCUUUUAAAUUUCAAAUAAAAAUAAAAAAGUUAUUUUACACAAAUAUUUAAAAUAAUAGCUCCAUUUUAUGUACGUCCUUCAGGAUUCACCGGGUAAUCACGCUGAGCUUAUUCCCAUUACUGAUACUGGUUUUGGAAGAUGGAGACCAGUACCCGCUCAGAGGAAAACGAAAGACGUCCAAAUGAAGGUAUCGACGGACAGCGCCCAGUAUGACUGUGUGACACUGGGAGUCGGGCGUCACUGCGCGGCAGAGUCGGGCGUCACUGCGCGGCCGUCACCGGCCACUGGAUGUGCCUUAAUAUUUUGGAAACAGAUUGUGAAAAAUGUAUUAGAAUAAAACAAAUAUGUUAGUGCUUAAUUUGACUAUCUGUGUGAGGAAUAGUAUGAGGGAAGGAGUGUGAAAUGUUCUAUACUGUAUGGAUCUGAUUCGGUGUUGCCAGAUCAUUACUGGUGUGAAUUUUUAAGCUGUGCUUGAGAGUUAACAUCUGAUAUAGAAGUCGAUUUAUUGUGCAUUACAGCCAGAUGUCUUUGCACUUUCAAUUUGGGUCAUUGCCUUCAUUUAUAGGCUGGCUAAUAUCCAUUUGGUAUUCUUUUUUUGUAGACAGUAAAGUCAUGUAGAAAUUAAUAAUAUAUAUCUACAUUGUCAUAUUUAUUGUCACCAAGAGCAGACCUGUAUGUGUAAAUGGACUGCUUUAGGGAAAUGUGCUUUGGUUUAUUUUCUGUAGUACAUAAGAAAGCAUCAGCAGGAAAAGCUCACUGGCUCUUGGCCGAUUUUGUAGCUGCGAAGCAGCCAAUGUCUAUUUCAGCAUUUUCUCUACGUUUUUCUGUGUAUUUUCAUAAAUUUGGGGUAAUAAUAAAAAUACAAACUUUCCUUAAA